UUUUGGUAAACAUUUUUUGCCGAACUGUUUUUCCGUUAAAUUAUUAAGAAUACCUAUCGAAAUUUAGACAGUUAUUACACACCAUGAUUUUUUUGGCGUUAUAGUCUAUUAAUAAAAUUAAUUUAAAACGCUGAAUAGCAGAAAAACAGUUGUAUUUGAUUCCUAACCUGCGUUAAUUUAAGAAAAUAAUGUCUCGGCACGUGCAUAAUACUGAUACAUCGGUACUGGAAAGGCGUCUACGUCCCAUUUACGAUUGGCUGGAUGCUGGCAACAAUAAAAAAGCCUUGCAGGAAUGUGAAAAAGUACUAAAAAAGACCCCCAAUCUUCAUUGUGCGAAAGCUUUGAAAGCGCUGACUCUGCUGCGCAUGGGAAAAGAGUCAGAGUCGAAUGGGAUUUUGGACGCAUUAGUUAGCGAUAAGCCGACCGAUGAAGCCACUUUACAAGCUAUGACACUGUGCUAUAGGGAAAUGCAACAACUUGAAAAAGUUUGCAAAAUAUAUGAGAAUGCAGUGAAGUUAGAACCUUCGAAUGAAGAACUGCAUACACACCUAUUCAUGAGUUAUGUCCGGAUAAGUGAUUUUAAGGCUCAGCAGCAUAGCGCGAUGGUAUUGUACAAACAGAAACCGAAAAAUCCUUACUACUGUUGGAAUGUUAUGAGUAUUGUGUUACAGGCAACUCGGGGCGAAGGAGCAAAAGACAAGCAGAAGAGGGACCUACUGUUGACCCUCGCGGAACGAAUGAUGGAAAAGUUGGUGGACGAGGACAAAAUCGACGCAGAACAAGAGGUCGAUCUAUACAUCAUGGUGCUAGAUUUGCAAAAGAAAUACAAAAAAAUUAUCACCAUAUUGGAUGGUCCUUUAGGGGAAAAACUGCAGUGCGCCAACGUGCCGCAGAUGCGGUCGACGUAUUUUCAAAAAAUGGAAAAAUGGUCGACGGUAAAUUUGAUAUCGAAAGGAAUUUUAAGCGAAAGUUUUGAAGUCUGGGCCACGUGGAAAGUGUAUAUUCGAUCGGUAUUUGAAGUCAUCGAAAGGGGAGUGGACGUGGAGAGGAUCAUCGAAGAGUACGUCGACAAUACGCCAGAGAGAUGUCACGAGUUUAUUUGUGCCGCGAUAGAAGGCGGGUCUUAUAAUAGUUUCGACCUGAGAGGUGCGUAUUUGGCGAGGUUCGAACUCUGCUCAAAACUACAAGAGAAAAACAAGAAAAUCGAAGACAUCUUGGGCGACGUCAACGAACUGUUCAUAGAAUAUUUUCGAAAAUUCGGGCACAAGCCGUGCUGCGUGUCCGACCUGAGGAUCUAUUUGAAGCUACUCACCGACAAUCAGAAAUACGAGCUGGCGCCGAAAUUCGUUCAAGAGGCCGGUAUUAGUACCACCGGCAUACCGCAAUCGAUCGACCAGAUGCAGCGUCACAUCGGCGCAAUCCAACUGUCCAGGCUGUGCGGGGCGCAUAAACACCUCUCUGCCGAGCACUCCCGCGCCCUCGUAACCGCCCUAAUUUUGCAUUAUCAACACGGUUACCAGACCUACGGCAAAGACUUGCCCGUCACGGACCUGGGCCCGUCCGAUAAUUACGCUUUGUUGGCGGCCCACAUCUUGUACGACCUGUCCGUGGAGGAGGCGAAUUCGGACGUGCUAGCGGCGGCCGCCGCCCUGCUGGAAAGCCUGCUGCAAAACUCGCCGAGCAAUUUCCACGCGAAACUGCUGCUGCUCAAGUUUUACCACGUCCUAGGGGACAGCGUGAACGCGAACAACGUCGCCCUCGCUUUGGACAUCAAACACCUCCAGCUGGACUCGCUGGGUUACGUCCAUUGCGCCCGGUUGACCACCACCGGCUUGUUCUCGUUGUGCGUCAUCCACUUCGACACCACCCUCAAGUUCUUCUCUUCGAAUUACAAAGACAGCACGGACCACCUAACUUUCUCAUAUAAAUUCGGGUCGUUCACAAAAUUGGAGGAGUUCAUGGACUUUCGGGAGAAACUGAACAACAGCUUUCACUACACCAGCGUUGUCGUAGACAGGAUAUUUUUGAGUCUGUUAGACUGUUCGACCAUCGACAGUUUGUAUAGCCUCGACAUAUCUGCCUUGGACCGCAAAAUUGAGUGGAACAACUUGAGGGACAACAGGGAUUUGCAGGUCCAGGUAAAUUGGGAACCCGACCAUGCGGGAAACGGGCCCGACGAAUACGAGGGUUUCAAAAAACUGUUCCGGCAAGAUUUGACGUUUGUCGAGUUCCGAACGCAAGCGCUGCGGUCGUUCGGCGCGGCGGUCGACGUCCUCAGAUCCGUGGACGGCGUGAAACUGAAGAACGUCGACGUUCUGAGGCAAAUUUUGGCAGAGUGGACCCAGCUGGAAGAGAACGCGGACGGGGAACUUUUAAAACCCGUCGACGAGAAGUCGAUAGUUCAUCCGUUGCCUUCCCGACUGCACAGCUUCGUCGACACUCGUUACCGGCCGAUAUUGGUGUCUUUGUUUGAAUUUUUCGCGUCUCUGGCGUCGGAGCGCGCGGACGAUUACCAAGAGGCGUGUUCAAAGUUCGAAAAGGAACUCGAAAAUGUCGGCAAGGUCCUGCGGGAAAAAGUGUUAAAUAAAUCGUCGGAUUUUAGGGAGAAACGGAAAGCGCUGGAGCACAUAGUUAAUUUAGUAGAGAUAUUGGGGAUAUCGUGCGUCAUCUGUCACAUGUGCAACGAGCUGAUCAAGCCGCCCGCGUCAACCAAAAAGGGGAAACGGAAACCGACCGAUACGAAAGCGAAGGACCUGCUGGGCGCGAUAGUGGACCAAAUAAAAGACCAAAUCGGCAAAGUGAGUGAGUCGACCGAGAAGUUCGCGUGCGAGUGGGAGGAGCGGGAAUUGGUGAACGUUCUCGAAUCGCUCAGCUUGAACGUGGACUGCGAGAGCGUGCGCCGGAACAUUAGGUCGAGUUUUCUUAGCGCCAACAAGGAAAUUCAAAAUAUGUUGAAGGCCAAAUCGAAAAUGUUGAACGGUUUGUAAAGUCCGCGAGUGCGCGUGCCAUAGGUCUGUUCGUCUCUUUUUUUUUCUCUUGUAAAUGUUACGUUGUUUAAUAAA